AUGGCAGUCUUUGCUCAAUAUGACUACCUCUUCGCGGUAGGCACAAUCUUUGCCUUCCUCGACGCUUGGAACAUCGGUGCCAACGAUGUCGCCAACUCGUGGGCUUCGUCCGUGUCCUCGCGGUCCAUCAGCUACUUUCAGGCCAUGAUCGGUGCCAGUAUCAUGGAGUUCACUGGCGCUCUUGGUGUUGGCGGUCGAGUCGCCGACACCAUUCGAACUCAAGUUGUCGAUGUCUCGGCUUUUGAUGAUAGCCCUGCUCUUCUCAUGUUGGGCAUGGUUUGCGCCGUCAUUGCUUCUGCUAGUUACCUCACCAUGGCUACCCGUCUUGGUUUCCCCGUUUCUACCACUCACUCCAUCCUUGGUGGUGUCCUCGGUAUGGGCAUUGGUGCUCUUGGUGGCAAGGGUGUUACCUGGGUUGGCUACAACGAACAGGGCGGCGUUGACAUCCAGAAGGGUGUUGUCCAGGUAUUUCUCGCUUGGAUCAUCGCUCCCAUGCUCUCUGGUAUCUUCGGUGCCGCCAUCUUCCUCUUCACCAAAUACGCCGUCCUCCUCCGCAAGAGCCCCGCCAUCAAGGGUCUUAUCCUUGUCCCCUUCUACUUCUGGCUCACUGCCUCGCUCAUCGUCAUGCUUCUUCUUUGGAAGGGUGGUUCUUACGAGGUCAACCUUACUGAGGAACAAAUCCCCGGUGUCAUCGUUGCUACCGGUGCCGGUUGGGGUCUUCUCAUGGCCAUCUUCCUCGUUCCUUGGCUGUACCGCAUCGUCAUCAAGGAGGACUGGCAGCUCAAGUCCUACCACAUCCUCCAGGGUCCUUUCCUCCUCCGCCGAGGCCCCGUUCCCCCUACCCCCGACAACUUCCAGGGUGUCGUCCGCAACUUCUACGAGGGCCAUCUUACCCGUGAGGAGCUUGACGAGCGUCGCGCUGCCCGCGCUGCUGCCCUUGGCGAAGAUCUCGAGACUGGCAACGGCAAGAAGGUCGCUACCGAGAGUGCCUCUGAGGAGCCUGAGCCUGAGAACCCCUACGCGCACAAGUCUAUGAUUGGCCCCAAGCCCGACAAGCCCUGGUACACUGGUGCCUUUAUGUGGUGGGCCUUCAAGUUCGCCAUCCUCCACGGUGUUGACAAGGACAUUGUCGGUUCUCAGGGCGAAAAGUCUGUUGUCGCUGGUGACGUUGAGGAGAUUCACGCUCGCGCUGAGCACUUUGACAACCGAACGAGUUUCCUCUACACUUUCUCCCAGAUCAUGACUGCAGCUUCUGCUCUUUCGUCCACGGUGCCAACGAUAUGCCCAACGCCAUCGGUCUUUAUGCCACCAUCUACAAGAUCUGGCAAGAGGGUGUUAUCCCUGACAAGUCCGAGGUUCCUGUCUGGAUUCUGGCUUUCGGUGGUGCUGGUAUUGUUCUCGGUCUCUGGACAUACGGAUACAACAUUAUGCGUAACUUGGGUAACCGAGUCACUCUGAUGUCUCCUGCCCGUGGCUUCUCCAUUGAGCUCGGCUCUGUCAUCACUGUCGUCCUGGCCACUCGUCUCAAGCUUCCUGUUUCCACCACUCAAUGCAUCACUGGUGCUAUUGUAGGUGUUGGUCUCUGCAACGGUGACUGGCGAGCUAUCAACUGGCGUAUGGUCGCCUGGAUCUACAUGGGUUGGUUCAUCACUGUUCCUACAGCUGGUCUGAUUUCAGGAAUUCUGAUGGCUUUCAUCACCAACGCUCCCAACUGGAGCUAA